GACACACAGCCUCCCCGGGUGAUGAAACUUUCAGCCCUGAAGAGUCGGGUGCCACCGGCGGGGCUGAGCAGGUGGACCAAGCAGUGGCCACAGAUCCCUGGGGUCUUGAGCAGCGUGGCGAUGGAGUCUACGAGCUGGGUUGCUACAGCGGGGCGGAGGUUGCCCAGUUGCGGCACGUGAAGCUGCUGCGCCAGGCUGCCGUCUACUGGCAGACUUACGAUGCCUUUGCGCGAGUGUCCAUGAGCGUUGGCAUCAACCAGCUGAUGCUUGGCAUGAGCUACUACAUUCUUGG